ACAAAUACAAAAAACAAACAAAAAUCAACUGAAAGAGGCUGUUAAGCAGGCUAGCUGAACAGCGCCGUUUGUGGUAAGCAUCUAGAUUUUUGUAAUUUUGACAAUGAUAACCUGAAAUUCACUUUUUUUCCUGGCAGACCCAAUAUUCAAAGAACGCAACGUUGAGUGAAAUAAAGACUCAGCUUUUUUAGAGCUGAGCUUAUCCCGUCAACCAAGUAUUCAGAUAUUUUAUGCUGACUUCUUCAAACAGUAGAGACUAGGAAGCUGCAGAUCCAAAAAUGUUGACGUCCUCGCAGGCUGAUAACGGCUCCACGGCGCAGCCUCCAUUCUCGUAUCCAUCAAGUAUUAAACUCACCUUCGCCAUCUUAUACGCUGCAAUCAUUUCAAUGGCCUUAGUUGGAAACAUUUUGGUGAUCUAUAUUCUGUACAAGAGGCCAGAAACAAGAAGAUUAACAAGCUUCAUGUACGUCAACCUCGCUGUGGCCGACCUACUCGUAACAGCUGUUGUCAUGCCUCAGUCGAUGGAACUAAUCAUUUUGGAUAAUCUGUGGAUCGAUGGAACAUUUGGUGAAUUACUUGCCAAGCUCAUCAUGUUUGUUUUCUUCGUGGCGGUCACAGCGUCCGUCUUCUCUCUAACAGCCGUGGCUUUUGACUUCUUCUUCGGGAUUGUCCUUCCCAUGCAAAAGUUCCCUCGCUUUAGGAACAAAAAGAUCUUGGUUCCCACAAUUUGGAUCACUUCAAUGUGUCUGAUGACUCCAUGGCUGAUCACAGUCAAAGUUAAGAACUCCAGGAUAGAAUUUAAGUUUACUCAGUUUGGUGAGACUCAAGCAGCUUUGAGAGGUAUCUUUCUUUAUAUCGUAGUCACCAUCUACUUGUUGCCCCUAGUUACCAUGUGCAUUCUCUAUGGACACGUCUGUCACACACUGCACAAGCACAAACUGCCGGGCAUUGCCAUCAACAAUCACGCAAGAACUCGGGCCCAUGCUACCAAGCGUCAAGUUAUUCAUAUGUCGAUCGCUGUCGUUGUUGCCUUUGCACUUUGCUGGCUUCCAGCGCAUGCGUAUCAUAUGAUUUUGGCCAUUGACUUUAGUGUGCGGGAAUCGCUGCCAUAUUAUUUUAUGCUGUUAUGCUAUUGGUGUGGACAUGCAAACAGCGUUGUUAACCCGUGGCUCCUGAUAUACCUUAAGAAGAAAUUCCGUGCCGCAUUUAAGAGAAUGAUAACUUAUCCAUUAUCGAGAAUCUCAUUUGCUAGCAAGAAUAAUGAGAGCGUAAGAAGUGUAACUAAACUGCCUAUCAGAGACCCGAUUGUCCAAGUAAGAGAACAUUACCAGUUUGAAAGUUCUGUGUGAGGAUUAUUGUUAACUCUUCAUAGGUUUUAUUAUAUUCAAGUUCUAACAUUUGCAAGCUCAUUACAAGUCCAGUGACCAGCAGGCUAAAUUAAUUGAAUUCAGAUCGAUGGAUUACGACUCUGCAGAACGUGAUCCACUAAAUCAAGGGUUUUGUCUCCAUGCAGCAUUUGGCUCGCAUAAUGGUGUAAUACAUAUAAUAAUAUAAAAUAUAAUCAUUAUCAUAGAAAAUGUGGAUUUUUACCGCCUUGAUGUGCAAGUGUUAAAAUGAAGAAUUGUGUAGAGAUCUAGUUGCCUCUCAUUUUCGCACUUUUCUUUUCAUUUCGGAUGCCGUUUGUCAAA